AUGGUGGAGCAGGGGGAGAAGGGGGGAAGCUUAAGGAAGAGCAAGCUGGAGGAGAUCAGGAAGACAGGGGGGGAGGUGGGGAAGCUGGAGAGGCAAGCUGGAUAUAUGGAAGACAUGGUGGAGGAAGGUGAAAUGGAUAAUGAAGAACCAAGGACUGUGGAAGGGGAAAUGGACUGGGAGAUGGGGGAGAGGGGCAAGCUGGAUAAGGAAGGAAGAGUGGAGCAGGGGGAAGAGAGAGUGGGGGAACUGGGAAGAGCAAGCUGGAUAAGGAAGACAAAGGUGGAGAACAGGGGGAAGAAGUGGGGGUGGAAGCAGCUGGCAGAGGGGAAGGAAGAAGUGGGGAGCUGGGAAGAGGGCAAGCUGGAUAAGGAAGACAAGGUGGAGCUGGGAGGAAGAAGUGGGGGAAGCUGGGAUGAGGGCAAGCUGGAUAGGGCAAGGAAGACAGGUGGAGCAGGAGGAAGAAGAGGAAGAAGUGGGGGAAGCUGGCAAGAGGGCAAGCUGGAUAAGGAAGACAAGGUGGAGCGGGAGGAAGAAGUGGGGGGAAGCUGGGAAGAGGGCAAGCUGGAUAAGGGAGACAAGGUGGAGCGGGAGGAAGAAGUGGGGGAAAGCUUGGAAGAGGACAGGCAAUAA